UGUUGAAUUCUAAUGCCGCCGUAUUUUUGCAUGCUGACAUGUUGCUGUCUUCGUUAUAAAAAAUACGCUUUCUAAAUCUGCGAGUGCGGAUGCUGCAAAGGAGAAAAGGCAGCCAGGGAGAGGUUGCAGGUUUGCACCAUGUGACCUCACCAGCUGUUGCUGUGUGGCUGUUGGGAAAGACAGGAGGUGAAAGGGAGGGAGACAAAUGGUGAGGGGUCGGUGAGCUUCCCUGUGGCGCACAAUGUGACUGGUGACAAUCCCUUGUUUCGCAAAAAGGGUGGGAGAGAGAGAGAGAGACAGAGGAGAGCGGAAGAUGAACACAAACAUGCCAGGUAGAGAUGUGAGAAGGGAGCUGCGCGCACUCUCCUGAUUCAGCGGAACGGAUUUAUUCGUCACCUCUACCCCUGCAGCCUUUUUACGCAGCGAGCCUGCUGCAAAACACGGAGGGAAAUCCUAAACCAAGCAGCAGUCAUCAAUCCGCUGCGUGGAUUAACAGCUCUGUUACAACUCGCUUUCAGUUGCUGGGUUCCCGCCGAAGCUGAGAUCCACCAGCGGAGAGCGCAGAGGAUGGAGACGCCACAGAGCGACCGCUGCAUUGAGGAUGCGCCAACAGGGAAACUGCGGGACAAAUAGGGAGCCUAAAAGAAGAGCCGUGUGUUACUGCGCGUCUAUCUUGGGGAGCCCCCCUCCUCCUACGGGGAGAUGUUCAUCAUUAUGGGAUAGAUGCGCGGGUCUGAUCGUUGCCAUGGAUACAAGCACGCGUAAAUUUACAGUGCGGAGAUGGUUUUCCAUCUACCUGAAGAACAAAGCAGCGCGGAACAAGAACAGCGCCGGGUUCUGUCAGCUGGAGGACGACAGUGUACUUAAAGAGAUUGACAUCAGCCACCAUGUUAAGGAAGGCUGUGAGAAAGCAGACCCGUCUCAGUUCCAGUUAUUGAAGGUGCUCGGACAAGGAUCCUAUGGAAAGGUACUAAAACACGAUACAGUAGCUGAUGCCUGGAAACAGGAAAAAUGUGAAGUUCUAGAAAGAAAAA